AUGGGCGCAGAUUUUCUUGUUGAUGCACCUCUUUCCAAUUCUUUGGUGUCAUUGGUGCUCCUCUGGAUUCAUGAGAUAUGUGAUGCAGUUCGAGAUACCGCCGCUUGCGUUCUAUUCACGACAGCUGGUGUUCACGGAAGUCACUGCACCCCAGUUCUCUACCACGAUUGGUUGCCCAAGGUGAGUGUGAUCUCCAAAAGGGCUGUUGCUGCUCUCUCCAAUGUUUGUCCCCGACUUCCAGAGACAUCCACAGCUGCCGUACAAGAACAGCUUCCACCGUCUGCCCCAGGCCACCCUACUCCGCCAAAUCUGACAUUGACACCUCCAGAACUGACCAUUUCCAACAGUCCUCCAAGUCCUGAAGCCAUGUCUGAUUCUCCCACCGACUUGCCCUCGACGGAGACUGAAGACUCGCCUUCCACCUUCCACAACUUCCAUCAUCGCACCUCCAUGCUCAUGUCACCGUUCCCCUCCAGACUGCAAAUUCGCUGCAUGGAUGAAGACGAGGACUUGGCUGUGAUUGAUCAAGUCAAUCGUCGUUUGGCUUUGGGCCAACUGGAACCUUCACUGCCUUGGGUGCCAGUUCCACCAGGGGCUGGACUACUGGGCUACCCACCUUCAACGACUGAACAGUACUCCGAGUCCUUCGCCGAAGCCGCCUUCCAGCACCAGCAGCACCAGGAAAUGAUGUCAUCGAUGAUGGCGACAGCUGCGACUUCAUUGCAGGGUGGACAUUGCUUCUUCCCCAUGGAAACGACCCUCCCAAUUGGAAGUGGCGAAUCAGUGCACGCUGAGAUUUCCACUUCUGAGGCAUUCUCUCAGGGCUGUGAGGAGGAAGGAAAGCAGCCUUGGGAAUUUCGGCUUGAAGUGGAAUAUCAAAUUAAGGUUAUUCGGCAGCAAUCACCUGCACCUGUGGACAUGCUACUCACUUCGGGCGCCUCGCGAGUCUUUUAUCAACCUGAGGGCAACGCACAACUUUCGCCUCCUGUCGAGGAUCCUCAAAGUGAGGUGAGAAAUUUUUCUGUCAAGUGUCAAUUCCUAUUGCCUGUUGGUCAAUCGUUUGUCCUCGGGUUACCUGUCAGUGCUAAAUAA